AACCCUCCCCAUGCUAGGCGGGGGGGAGGGGGUAGUAGCAGUGCUGUAGAGGAAACGGAGGAAGAGCUCCAGCGAGAGAUCGAUGAGCUAUAUCGCCAACAACGCCAUAUUACAGAGCGCCUUCGUGAUCCUCGUGGACUUCGAAGAGGAGGGUUAUCCGCCGCUGCCGCUCCUCGCAAUUUCGUUGCUAACGGUGGUCGUCCUCGUGGCUUUGUUCGACCGGCCGAUAGGAACAAUGCAGAAGAUCAACCUCCUGCAAAACGGCGGCUUUUGUCUGCUGUUGUUAAGGAGGAUGCAGAGAUCGUUGAGGAUUCUGCCACGGCAGAGGAUGCAAAGAACGAGCAAAUGGGUGAGGAUGGAAAUGUAGGGCCUGCUACAGGGAUUCGGGGUGAUGGAAAGCCUUUCAAGUUACAGCAAAGUGGUUGGUCUAGGAGAGAUUUUGAUCUUAGAGCAGUGAAGAGGGUGAAUUUUAACUCUUGUCUUCUUUUUGAAAGUGUGGCGUUGCCUAAGAAUCAGGAUCCAAGAUUGGUUAGCAGAAACAAAAGAAUGCUGGGGCAACUUUUAGGUACUCUGGAGAAAUUCAGAAAAGAAGAUAUGAAAAUUUCAGGGAUGGAAGCAUUUAUACGAAGGUCAAAUGCUUUGCAAAGAGCUGAGCAAAAAGCACAUGAAGAACGUGAAAGGCUGAGACAACAAGAGCGCGAACAAAUUGCUGAACAGAGGAGAAGAGAUCUGACUCUCAGAGCACGCAUCACUGUAAAGGCUGAAGAAAAGAAGUUGGAAUUGCUGUUUCUUCGGUGGAAUGAUCACCACAAAAAACUUGGCAAUUUUAUAAGGUAUACCUUCCAUUUGACAUCAUUUGUUAUCUUUAGUGUAUUUUCUUUUCUACAAUCAUCAAUGCAAAGCUGCAGAGGAAUAAUGCAAGCACUAACCUGGAUUUGAAUCAUGUGUCGUUAUGGGGAGUAAUUGACAUUAGCUGCAGAGUAAUUUUUCGUACCUGCUCAAUGGGAGAAACUGAGCAUUUUGUCCCUUAUGCUUAACCAUCCACCAAGUUCUUGCAUACUUCACCGAACUGUCCUGAUUUUGUGGUGAAAUUUCGAGCCAAGAGGUACAGCAUGAAGAAUGAGGUAGAGAUUUCAGAUUUAAGAAAACCUGCAUUUGGACAACGUAAACUCUUUUGAAUAUUAUUAUUGCCAGGGUUGAUUCAUGGCUUGAACACUGAACACUUGCAUGUGGGAACACUUGCAGUUUCGCAAGUUUCCCAUUCAUUGAAAAAAAAAACAAAAAUCUUCAUCUUUUCCUCUUCGAAGAGCCAAGAAAAUACCUUGAAACUUGGAAGUUGUGUCUUUUUUCCCCUCCUCUCCCAAAAGCGGCGUUAGAGACAUCCAUGGUCAUGGAGGGGAACUUUCGUCUAAUAUUGUUCGAUAAAGGUCUGGAAUGAAAUUUGAUUACGAAAAUUGUUUCGGAACUUCGAAUUUAUGAUGGUGGAGUUGCAAUUCAAGAACGUAAAAUUAGAGGGUCUGAAAUUAAGAUGUGUUUGAGAAUGAGUUCUAACAUGUUUUUCUUUUUUUUGGUUAAAAUUUGAUUUUAUUUUGUUUUAAA